AUGGGAAAUGAUGGUGGAAGCAUUCCAAAGCGAUGCGAACUUGUAAAAUCCGCCGCUCGUAAUCCGACAGCAUCGCAGCUCAAAGAAACCAUACGCGAGCACUUGGAGCAUUACUGGUCGACCUGUCCUCUUUCUCACAAGAGACUUCUUCUUCCGGUGGUAUCCGAUUCCUCUGGAAACCUCUAUAACAAGGACGCCAUAUUAAAGUUUCUCUUGCCUGCAGACGAUGCCGAAGAUAUUAGCUCUAAAGCCGACUGUGAGGGAAUAUUGAAAGGAAGAGUCAAGGGACUUCGUGAUGUUGUUGAAGUGAGGUUUGAGGUCGAUGAUGAUGGGAAGGGUAAAAAGCGCUGGGUCUGCCCCAUUACCCGUAAAGAGCUAGGCCCAAGGGUGAAGUCGGUUUACCUUGUCCCUUGUGGUCAUGCUUUCUCCGAAGAGGCAAUCCGAGAAAUGAAAUUGGACAAAUGCUUACAGUGUAACGAAGUAUAUUCUCCAGAGAAUAUCAUUCCCAUACUCCCAUCACAGGUGUCUGACAAGGAGCGGUUGACCUCUCGUAUGCAAGAUUUGAGCAGCCGAGGAUUAACCCAUUCACUUAAGAAGGCACCUAGCUCGAGCAAAAAAAGGAAGAAGAACGGAAAUAGCGGCGAAAACACUGGCAUUUCGGCUGUCGAUUCCGAUGGAACUCCUAUGAAUUCUGAGGCUGCUACAGUCAUCGCCAAACCCAAAUCUUUACUCAGCAGCAGACCGGAAAGCAGGACCACCACGCCGAUGCCCUCCGGAAUUAAGAACGCCGCGACAGCCAGACUAACAGCUCGAGUUCUGGAGGAAGAAAAGGAACGGAACAAGCGCAGGAAGAUGAUGGGCGAAAAUGAAACCGUUCGGAGUCUGUUCAGUUCUGAAUCAACAAGGGAGGGACUCAAGGACGGCGAUUUCAUGACGAGGGGUUAUUUAAUACCCACUGGGGCGAAAAGAUGA